CGGCUUCCUAGGUUGCUAGUGUGAGUGAGUUUCCAGCACACGCACAGGUUCACUGCAAUGGUCGCCACACAAGACCCCGAUCCCGAACGCGCGUUGACCGACGGGCCGACGCUGACUCGCAGCUACACUGCCGAUGCAGAGGGCUACACGCACCCGAACACUGAGCCCACUAUAUCCAAGCUACCCAGUCUCACCAACCUCCCGGAGUACGAGGUCGACUGGGAGCCCAAUGACUCGGCGAAUCCCCGCCUUUGGCCGGUCUGGUACCGAGGUCUAACGGUGGUAACUAUGAGCCUGGGCGCGACCGUGGUCAGCCUGUCCAGCACACUAUACACAUCUGGACUUCCCGGCCUGGAGAAAGAGUUUCACAUCUCCAGGAUCGUCGGCCUCCUCGGAGUCACGACCUACCUCUGCGGCAUGGGGAUUGGAACCAUCGUGUUUGCGCCGCUGAGCGAGAUCAUCGGCCGACGACCCGUGUACCUUUUCUCGAUGACCCUCUUCCUGCUCCUCAUCCUCCCGAGCGCACUGGCCCAGAACAUCGAAGCCAUCCUAAUCAGCCGGUUCUUCGGAGGCUUCUUCGGCAGCGCGAUCAUGGGCAACUCGCCCGCCUCGGUGAACGACGUGGUCUCUGACGAGCACCGCGCCAUGGCGUUCGGCAUCUGGUCCAUCGGUCCGACGAACGGGCCUGUCUACGGUCCGAUUAUCGGGGGCUUCGUGUUCGAAUACCUGGGGUGGAGGUGGACGAACUGGCUGGUGCUGAUUAUCGGCGGGGCCGUCCUGGCCCUGAUGGCGUGCAUCCGCGAGACCUACGCGCCGGUGAUCCUGCGCCAGCGCGCCGCCCAGCGGCGCCAGCAGACCGGGGAUGCCCGGUGGUGGACACGGUACGAUGUCGGGGAGAGUCUCUGCGCGCGACUCCGGACGGGCUUUGGCCGGCCGUUUGUCAUGCUGUUCACCGAACCCAUUUGCAUCUUCUGGGACAUCUACGUCGCGCUCAUCUACGGGGUCCUCUACCUCUGCUUCGUCGCCUUCCCCAUCGCCUUCCAGACGGAGCGGGGCUGGUCCCCGGGCAUUGGGGGUCUGGCCUUCGUGGGCAUCGGCGUCGGCGUCCUGAUUGUCAUCGCGUGCGAGCCGCUCUUCCGCCGGGUCAUCAACCUGCAUCGCAAGGAUCCGGCCACCGGCCUCGUGGCCCCCGAGGCCAUGGCCAGCGUGGUCUGCCUGGGGGCCACGCUGCUUGCCGUCGGACAGCUGUGGUUCGCCUGGACGUGCACGCCCAACGUGCACUGGGUCGUGCCCAUCCUCUCCGGGGUGCCCUUCGGGGCCGGCAACGCCUGUGUCUUCAUCUACGCCAGCAACUACGUCGCCCGCUCGUACGGGAUCUACACGGCCUCGGCGCUGGCCGGCAACAUGCUCACCCGCAGCAUCGUGGGGGCGUGCCUGCCCCUGGCCGGACCGUCCAUGUAUGCGACGCUCGGGCUGAACUGGGCGAGUACCCUGCUGGGGCUGGUGGAGGCGGCAUGCAUCUCCAUCCCGGUGGUGUUCUACUUCUACGGGCAUCGCAUCCGGAAGGCCAGUCCGAUGAUCCAGGAGUUGGAGCGGAUGCAGGCCAGAGCGUGAUUCUCAUCGGAAGAAGUACGUGGUAGUGAUAGAUAUAGGAUAUUGU